ACUUUCCCAGAAUAGCAGUGAUUCACCAUACUCGGUACUGGAAAACGAAUCGGAUAUCAGUACAUAGAUCCAUUGUUUGCUAGAGACGCCCACCUGUAUAAAAGACCUGGUCAAAGUAUGAAUGGAUUAUAUUAUUCGAUGAACUCGGAGGGAAACUACCUUGUACUCCAAAACAGAGCAAUGCCUGUGCCAAUGGAUGACUCCGAUAUGGAAUCAAAUAUUUCUAGUGAGGAUGCUGGAAAUUUUUCCGAAUUUUCAAAUCCACAAACCCCACCACUAUCAAAAGGUGCAGCAGACGAAGUAAAGCUUGAACUACAAAGAGCCAUCAGAUGUCGACGAGUUGCUCAAGGUCUUGAUGAAAUGCCUAGCCUAGAAUCUCAAAGAUCAAACUCAAAUCAGCUUUCCGCUGCAGAAUUAGAGAAACGGCGACUAAGAAGAGAACGAAACAAGCUAGCUGCUUUCAAAUGUCGGCAGAGGAGAAAAGAGCACAUGCAAGCGCUAGAAGAGGAAACAGAUGGUCUUAAUUCUGCAAACCACACCCUAGAAACRGAAAUUGCAGCCUUAAAAGAACAAAAGAGAGAACUGGAGGAGAUGUUGAGGUCUCAUGACUGUCUUAUUGUUGUAAAUUCAAGUGAUGAAGAGGACAAGAAAACUUCAUAGUAAUAUACAAUUAGCAAUUUAGGGAUAUAUUUUUUAGACAAAUUUAAUUGAAGAAAAGUAUGUUUACUAUAAAGUCUAGAUGUAAUCAUAAAAUGAUUCCAAUAACUAAUGAAAUGGUAUAUAGUGUAAUAUAGUAUAUUAGUACAUAUUUUAAGCUUACUUUUUAAAUCCUUGAUUUACAUCAAGUCUAACUUAAUCACAUGGUUAUUAGAAGUUAGGGUGAAUAAGAUGGCACUUUCAAACUUUCUUUCACAAGAUGUUAAAAGUUAAGAAAUGUCAUUUGCCUUUGAACAUAUUUUUUUCAGUUUUAUAAAAGGAAUUUUCUUAGCAUUUUUUAAAAUUUUUUGUGGUAUUACCAAACAUGGUAGAAAAGCACAAGUUUCGUAAGAUGCCAAAAUUUAGAGUUAUUUGAACACAUUAUUUAUCAAGUUACAAAAAGCUUUGCUGGACAAAGUUCACAUAUUAAUUUAUUAUCAUUACUAUUUGUUAUUUACCGAUUUGUUAAAGUUACAUGUACACCAUGAGUUACUUUAUCAAACUUUUAAAAAAUCAGUUGACCUGAGAAAAUAAAGAAAAAUAAUCUAAAA